GUUGGAGGUCAAUCACCACAUAUCGAGUUAUACUCAUUCUUGAGAAAGAUCAAUAUUGGAGCAUAUCCUUGUGUGACUUUGACAGAGGUCAUGCUCAAUCAUCAUCUCGAGUCGUAUAUCUGGGCCGAUCCACGUUGGAUAAAGAUGAAUGAGGAUAUUGCAAUCGUGGUCACAUUGAUUAAUGAUCUGGUGUCCUAUGAGAAAGAGGUCAAUGACAAUGCCGGUGAUCUGAAUCCACUGUUCUUCUUCCAACGCCAAAACAAUGUGGACCUAUGCGACUCUUACAAACAAAUGGUCACUCUGAUAGACUAUUACGUGGACCAUUAUGUACAGCUCGAGCAAGGAUUCCUUCGAACGUUGGCCAAGUAUCACAAUCCAUUACAAGAACAAGAGGUCAACUUCAUGCUGGAUCAUCUGCACUAUCUUAUCACUGGUUCGCGAAUGUGGUCGAUGCAAACUCCAAGGUAUUGUUCACCGACAUCACCAUUUAUCGAAAUGAGAAAGUUCCGUGAGGCU